UACUUGUCAAGAGAUAUGAUGAAAAACAUUGUAUUUGUAAGGGGAAAUCAACAGGCAGGCCAACAGUUUUAACUUAAAAUGCAGAUGACGAUAUUCGACAACGUAUGGAGCAGAGCCCUAAAAAAUCUAUCCCCCAGUUGUCUGCCCAAGCAGGGUUCUUGGUGGGAACGUGUCACAAGGCCUUAAAGAAGGAUUUGCACAUGCACCCAUACAGUCUCUAUUGUUCAGCAGUUGCAUCCACCAGACUACUACCAACGAAUACGUUAUUGUGAAUGGUUCAAUGAAAAUCUGAACAACGAUUUAUUGAAUUUGACGUUUUUUCUGACGAGGCACGGGUCCAUCUAUCAGGUUACAUUAACAGCCAAAAUCACAGAAUGUGGGCUACAGAAAACCCACAUGAGUUUAUUGAAACUUCGCUACAUCCUCAAAAAAUUGGUAUAUGGGUAGCCGUUUCAAGGAGGCGGAUAAUAGGACCAAUUUUCUUUCGAGAAGUGAUAAAUGGUGAAAGGUAUAGGGGGAUUUUACGACAAGCUUUAGAGCAAAUGCAUGAUGACAAAUUACGGUUUGGAUAUUUUCAACAAGAUGGGGCACCAGCACACACCGCAGCAGAAACGGUUAGAUAUUUGGAAGAAUUUUAUGGGGAUCGAAUUAUUAGUAGGGGAUUGUGGCCUAGUCGAACCUCUGAUCUUACACCUUUAGAUUAUUAUCUCUUUGGACGUAUAAAAAAUAAUAUUUUCAAGCAGCGAGUUCACACACUUGAAGACCUAGAAGUAACAAUUCACCAUGAAAUCGAAUCCAUUACGCCAAAUGAAUUGGAACGUGUUUUCGAAUGCAUGAAAUGGAGGAUAAAUUUAUAUCUAGAAAAUGAAGGAGGACAUUUUGAACACUUUUUAUAAUAAAAACUAACCAAAAUACCACUCACCAAAACACUUUUUAAUUGUGCGUUGAGAAUGUUAACUUUGUUAACAAAACGCAGCAUCGGAAAAAGUAGAAGUGUUUUGGUGAGUGGUAAAAUUAUUUUCUGUUUUGUAUCGACAUCAAACGUUCCAAACCUAUCCUAAGAUAAACAAAACUAUUGUGACUUAUUUAUAUUCUCUACCUGUUAAAACUUCUAGUUUAAAUUUGAACAAGUGUAAACAUGACUAAUUUUUUACCUGGAACAUAAAAAUUUUAUGGCAAGAUGUAUGCAAUAUGUAAUAAAUAAAAUUAUUAAUAAAUAUUAAAUGUUCAACAAUCAAUUGUAAAUUGUUUUAAUUGGUAAGGCAAAUUUUUGCGGGCGAGCUUAUACAGAUU